UUGGGUUUUUUGUUUUUUUUUUUGGUUACCGUUGACAGAUGCCAGACUAAAACUGGAAGAUCCGUUUCUCGCGGGUUUACGGUACAAAUACAAAUGUGGGGCGAGUAUGUUGGUGUCAGGCAGUCACUAAUAACAAGGGAACCUAAGGAUGUCCACAGAUGACAGUAUAUCUGAAGAUGUGUGCUAUUCUGCUGGUGUGAGCCAUGAAAAUGUUGAGAGCAAUGGCACUAAAGAGAGCGAGUCCUCCAUCAUAUCAGAGGACAGCCCCCCAAUCCAGCCAGGAGCAGACAUAGAGAACUCUCCUGCAAAGCCUGUCAAAACAGUGAAAGGAUUCUUCCAGUCUUCCCCAGAACUGACGAACAGCACUGACCCUAGAACUGCAAUACAGCACAGCUCAAACAAGAGCAGAGUAAAUGCAGAUGAAACGCUCGGCUCAGGGAGAAAUCUACCUUCCAUAAACCCCAGUCCUAUUGAAAACCUAACAGCUCUAGUGAAAGACAUCCAGAUAAGCGGAGAAUGUGACCCAGAGAUUUGGAAGAACUGUGAGGCCAGAUGGCUCCAGCUGUUCCAACUGGUGGAGAAGCAGUACCAAGAUCUAAUUCUUGCCCAACAUGAACAGUACCAGUGCCAGAUUCAACUCAUACAGGAUGAAAUCAAAGCUUUAGUCCAGAUAAAGAAGAAGCAGAACCCCCUGCACAACAGUGAAGCGUUUGCUGUGUUUCCUGAUAACUCUGUUUUAUUAGGAAUACUUAACAGAUGCCAUUCAAAACCCUUUUUGCUGCACAAACAGACUUCCGUACAUCCCAACCCUGGUGAAAUAGGAAGACAGCAAAAUUCCUUGGACACGAAUCCAGAGGACUCUGCUUUUGCUGUUUUACUGAGCAGUGAGUUUGGGAUGAGUGCCUCGGAACAUAGUUUAAACAAACACGUGGACUCCAGUAACGGCAAGGACACCUUGAAGGGAAAGCAUGCAGGGCACGCUCUCUAUCCCUCAGAAAACCUGUCAUGCCCAUUUAAGUCAGACAGGGUUUCUAAAGGAAAUAACUCUCAGCCUGAAUUACGGACUGCUCAGGAAAAAAUGUGCAACGUUUCUCCUGCAGGCAGUAAGCAAACCAAUCCAAACCUGUCAGUUGAUCAAAGGAAAAUGAAUGGUCAGCUGUUGACAUCAUGGGCACAGAAGCAAAAGCAUAAGCAGAAUAAGAGCAGAGCUGUGCAGGACACACGCCAGGAAGAGCAGGCAGAAAGGAACAGGAGUCCAGACCAUCACAAAGAUAUUCGUUCUUGCUCUGCUGUACAGUCGCCUCAUUCCUUCUUCCUAGUGAAACGAAAUGAUAGCCCAGAUUCCCUUGUGUCUGAAGCUUCAGGUCUUACAUACUGGAAACUGGAUGAAAGUGAACUGUACCGCUCCUUGCCGGAGAACUUGGAAAAUGGGUCUUAUUUUUACUUGCAAGAUGAGUCUAUCAAUCUGCAUCACACAGAGGAGCCAAGGCUACCUGCUUCUCUUAAACAAAUCUAUCAUUUGAAGCAAAAGGGAGACGCAAACAUUCAGGACAGGGAUCCUUAUUCUUCCCAGUUUGACCCAAGUCAGUCCACUCCACAGGUUUUGACCCUAGAUCCAACACUUCACAUGAAGCCAGCUGACAGGGAUUCGUUGUUUUCCUCACCUUCUCAUUUCAAUACUGCAUCAUUCCUUGAAGAACCCAAGCCUUCAGCAGCUGCCGGGGAUGCAGUUAGUCCAGACUCCAUGGCAGAAGCGCCUUCUCAAAGCCAUACUGACACCGAUUCCAUUUCAAACGCCAGUAGCUUGUCAGCAGCACAGAUAAAUGUGACGCGUAGACGUUUACAAAAAAGUGCUUUACCAAGCAAGAACAGGAGUCUUUGUUCUACCUCUCAGAAAGCCGUUUGUACAAAUGGACAGCAUCCAGCUUUCCGUAACGGCAUUCAGAACGAUAGCUUGUCCAACACGGAUGAUGAAGGGAGCUGCUCAACCCUCACCCCACCGUCUAGAAUGAAGAGCAGCCUGUCUCUGCAUGCCAGUGGAGCCAGGGGUUCAGACAGAACCAUAUCCUUGUCCUCCUUGGAGGACCCUGUUGUUUCGUCACUGGUGCGACAGAACCUGAGAGAGAAGCAUUCUCGUCAUGUCGCAGAUCUUCGUGCUUACUAUGAAUCUGAGAUUACUAGCUUGAAACAACAGCUCGAGACUGUAAUAAGGCCUAAUCAGAAUCUCCAAGAAAGGUGUGACCAUCUAGAAAGAGCACUAACUGAGGCAAGCAGUCGUAUAAGAGACCAGGAAAAUAAGAACCGGUUGUUAGAAAAACAGCUGCUGGAUUGGCCUGAUCGCUAUGAAACAGCCAGCACCGCUGCUCAAGUCCUGCAGCAGCGCCUUGACGAAAUGAAGAGCAGUAACAAAGACAAGGAUAAUGCUGUGAACAAGCUGAAAGCCAGGCUGAGAAACCUGGAAGAGGCAUUUCAGAAUGCGUGCAAGGUCACGGACGAUAAAGAGGCCAGAAUGAGAAAGGAGCACAAGAUGUUACAGGAUCUUCUAGUGGAAUACGAGUCUCUGGGAAAGGAGCAUGAAAGGGUUAAGGAUACAUUGGCAUCAACUGAAAACAAGCUUUUUGACGCAAAGACACAGAUAUCUGAACUAAAGAGAAUUAUUUCAAAACUUGAAGCUCAAAUAAAACAGCUUGAACAUGAAAACAUUAUGAAACACCGUCACACGACUCAGAGUCAUUCACAAGCAUCAGGAGUUGGCCUGUUGCUCCACCACCCUGACGUGUAUCGCUCUCCCAGUAAAGCCCCUGCUGACCUUGAUGCUAACAGAAGAAAGUUGCUGACUCCUGGAGCUGACUAUUCAAUUUUCACAGGACAGCCUCUGGAGAAUGAUUUAUAUGAGAACAGCAGCAGGUGUUAUUCUCCUCCUGAAAAAGACGCAACUCAGAGGGAAAAUACUGCGGCAAAAGAGGAGCUGAAAAGAGACCCUGCCCUCACUCCUAUAAUGAAGGCCCUGAUUGAGCUGGAUGGGACAAAAGCUACAGAGGGACGGGCACUGAGGAAAUCAGGCGCCAGCGACUCACGAUUUGGAAGUAAACCUAGUGUAAGCUUUGCUGAGACUUGCAGCAGGGGUCAGCUUUCAGAGAAAAGCAGCAGUCCAGUGCAGAUCCAGAGAAACAGCUCCCCUGUUGGAAACAGAUCUUCAUCUCUGCCUCCUCACAACAGGAAAGCCAGCCCUGUUUCCACACCCACUAAAAGAGAUACAAUGAUAACCCCUAUUGCAGCAAAGUCAAGCCCAAAACGAUGCCCAAGAGAGAAUUUUUCACCUGGAAUGAGCCACCUGCUUGGCAAGGAUCAGAGCUCUCCGACUAGGUUUGGUGUGAGAUUGGAUGAGAGUGAUGUUGCCUCAGCUUCACCCCCACAUAGCCCCAGCCCUAGAAAGAGACUUCAGUUUACCUCCUUGGACGAACCAGAAGUAAGUUAUCAUUCAAGCAACGCUGGACUGAGACUUGAUAGCCGCACGGAGUCUGCACUGAAAGCAGUGAAGCAGGGUGCCGUGACGAGUCGAUCAGCCUGGGAGGACAAGACCACAGCCGUCCAUACAGAAAGCCACGCCCCGGGGCUACUGACGCACUAUGAGACAGAGCUGACCUGCAAAGCAAGAAUGGAGUCGCUGGCACAAACGGAGAGGAUUUUUGAUGAGCUCACACAAGAAAAGCAACAGAUUGAGGCUGCGUUAAGUCGUUUACCAGGCGUUGGAGGAAGAGUGACCUUGCAAGCAAAAUUAGAUGAAGAAGCCCUGGAAGAUCGUUUGGAGAAAAUCAACCGGGACCUGGGAUCUAUCCGUAUGACUUUAAAGAGGUUUCAUGUUUUAUGGACCUCUGCAAAUAUAUAGCAAUCUUCAUCUGCCAUGAGCUCAUUCAGUACUUGCACUAGCAUGCCGUUUAGGGUUCUUUGUUUUCACAGCUUAUUUUUUAAAGCAGACUGGAGUUCUUCAUUGAAACAUUAUGAAACCUGUUAAUUGUGCAACUGGAUUUGCCACUUUAUACAGUAACGGAUGAAGAUACAAGGAAAACUGUAGGACAGACGAGGAGUGGGAUGGAAAACAUAUAAACCCCUUUGUCUUCAACCUUCAAAUUUAAGCUUUGCAUUUUCUUAUUUUAAUUAAACAUAGAUCUUUUAUGUAGACUACUUUUACUGACAACAAUAUUUACUUAAAAAUGUAUAUUUGAAAUAUAAAAUGUGUAAAAUAUAUAUUUAAAACUCUGAAAAAUGGAGGUUGUAUCCUAGCAUGGUUAAAGAAAAUGAAGGAGAAAACACCAAAAAAAAUAUUUUAAAAAACGCUGGUGUCAGAAAUUCACUGUAUAACUUUAAGACUUUAAUUUACAAUUUUUUUUAUUUUGAACCAUCACUUUGAAAAUGCCCCUAGACAGCAGAAUAAAUGUUGAAAACUGGGCAUUAGAAACAGCUCUGCACAGAAAUUAAUAUUCGUGUAGGGGCGUGGUUUGUUCAGAUGCAUUUGUGUGAAACAAAAAAUGUGUACAAGCAACACUGGCGAAUUCACAUGUGAAGCAAUGGCACCUGCGUGACCAAUUUGACCAACUUUAAAAAUCCCCCCCUUCGUGGCAAAGCCACUGUAACCUGUUGCACAAUGAACGUGUUUAAUGUUUCAAGAACCAAAAUGGGCUCGAAAUAAAUAUUUCUAUAAAGAGAGUCCCUCAAAUAAACACAGAAAACAAAGAACCAACAUAUAUAGUUUAUUCUCUGUGCCCUUAAAAUCAUUCCCAUUGUAUAUUAACAUUGUUGUACAAGGUGCACAGAAUAUUUUAUACUUUUGUGACUAGGAUAUAUUUUGUAUGUGUUUUAUUACAGAAUACUGAAAUCACAAACUUUUUUAUGGUAUAUUUUUAGUAUUGGUCAAAUUUAUAUAAUCUUUACUUUUUUAGGACACUUUUAAAGAAUAGUAUAUGGAGUAUAAAGUAAUAUAUGCUUUACACAUCCUGUUCAGGUAACUUAUGAUGCCAUUUUAUAUUUGCUUGUCAAUUUAAAAAAAAUAUAUAUAAUUUUCCAGAAUUGGAGCCUUGUUAAUUGUAGCUAUACUAAGAAAUCAGUAUGUGCAGAAUUUUCUACCAGUAAUAAAAUGUACCUCAAAUGCCAUUUUAUUCUGUUAUAAGAUGUGUUUCUGUUUUUUUUUGGUUAUUCUCAUUUCAUUCACAUGGUAUUAUGCAGACUGUAAUUACGCAGUUGUAAUACACUAUGUCCUGUUUAAGGGAAGCGUAUUGUGAAAAUGAGCCAGUUCAGAAUUACCUGCCAUUUGGAGGAGCGUUUAUCACAGUCAACCAGCUCGCAUUGUUUACAUGGACCGUUCUGGUGCAACUUUCGACAGUUAACGUCUGAUGCAAAUAAGAACUCGUCAUCUGAAUGAAGUUGUUAUGCAUGCAAUAAAAUCACAUUUGUGUCGCAUUUGCACUGAAGUCCACCUUAAAAUGUUUCAAUCAUAUGCAUAGCUUUGUAAUGCCUCUUUUCCACAUUAAAUUGGUUUACUGGA